AUGGAUGAGACUGCCCCUCUUCUCCAAAGCCAGUCCCAUUUGCUUUCCCAAAAGCGCCUUUUACUUACCUUUCCCGCUCUCGCCCUCAUACAAUUCACUUCUUUCCUCGACCAAACUGCUAUCUCAACGAGUCUACCCGCUAUUGCAUCCGUACUCGACAUUGGCGCAUCUAUCUCAUUAGUUAGCGCGAGCUUUCUCAUCACCAGUACCAGCAUCCAGCUUAUCAAUGGUAGACUGUCAGAUAUAUUCGGCCGCAGGGCCUCUCUCAUCAUGGCGCUUUCCAUCAUGGGUGCUGGGAACUUGUGGGGUGGCUUUUGUGCCACGCCUGUAGAGCUGUUUGUCGCACGUGCAUUCACUGGGUUCGGCGCGGGAGCUAUCAAUGCGCUCGUACAAAUUGCCAUUGCCGAUAUCACGACGCUGGAGCAGCGCGGGUAUUAUUUUGGCAUGGUCGGGAUGGCGGUGGCCUUGGGAAAUGGGCUUGGUCCUCUCAUUGGUGGGGUGCUCACUGAGACAAUUGGAUGGCAGUGGGCAUUUUGGUUUGUUUGUCCCUUAUGUGUGAUUUCCAUUGGUUAUCUCAUGUGUCUAAAGCUGGUGGAUUGGAAAGGAGCCUUGACAAGUCUAUUUAGCAUUGCGUUGAUUCUGGUUCCUAUCUCACUGGGCGGAUCCUCCAUGUCCUGGACCUCGCCGUUAACAAUAAGUAUGCUCAUCGCUGGCGUGACACUCUUUGGUGUCUUUUUGGCGAUCGAGUGGCGCUUUGCGGAUCUACCCCUGUUGCCGGCUCGAUUGUUUCAGUAUAAUCGUUCUACGAACAUUCUUAUCCCUGCUCAGGCCGGAGUAUUGAUGCUAACCAUGGUUAUCACACAUGGGCUUACAUCAGGCCUGACUGGAGUUCUCAUAUCAACGUUAGGACAUUAUAAACCUGUCAUUGUUACUGGAGCCCUCUGUUGGGCCCUGGGCGCUCUUGCAAAGAUGCAGUACGACCAAGCGACCUCGAUUUGGCAGAUUAUGGUGGUCGGUGUCUUUGACGGCAUAGGUGUAGGCUGUUCGUUGCAGCCCGUACUCGUCGGUAUUCUUGCUGGAUCCGAUACGGAAGAUCGAGCUGUCUUGACUGGCCUACGAAAUUUCGUGAGGGAUAUGGGAGGGGCAACCGGGACUACUGUUUCCGGGGCUGUUUUAGGUCUUGUGCUAUCGGGCCAGUUGAAAUCAAGAUUCAACGACAGCCUCAUUAGAAGAGUAAUUUCUUCAGCGUUCGCAUUGGAAGACUUACAUCUCACCGAGGGAGAGAGGGAGAUGAUAGUUCAGGCUUACAUGAAAGGUCUUCAUGCCGUGUUUGUCACCUUCACUGUGCUCAUUUUUAUCCAUCUUUGCUCGUGUUUGUAUGUUCAGGACUACGGACUGAAACAGGGACAGAGGGAAAACAUUGAAGAAGAGGAAGGGCUACAGAGCAGGAGGCAGGAACAAGAAGCCGACCCUUGAAAUGGCGUAAUUGAGAUAAUUCUAUUAUACAGUCUCAAGUAUUGUGCAAUUCAUGAGGACAAAUUAUGGGGCUUAUAUUCCCCCUCUGAACAGAUUCCAUUCCGGGAAGAAGAUACUCCAGCCCAAGCCCCAACCAUUCCCUCGUGCUCUAUGUCCUUCAAGUCACGCACAUCAAUCUCGCUCGCCCCCUUUAAUAGAAGCAAGGCUUCCAAUAGAUCGAUUGGUGUGCAAUGAGUAUCUAUUGGGUAUUCUAUAGAUAUAGACGCUAUCGGGAAAGCCUCACCGCCGAUGAUGCCGACAUGUAAAUAUGGAUUCAUUCAAGGCACUUAUGAGCGAGCCUAUCUGUGCGAACU